GACAUUCAACUUAUGACAAUUUGACAGCUUUCCUAACCUUACUUUAUAAUUUCGAUAUUUUAAAUGAAUUGUAUUUGAAAAACGGCGACUUGAAAAGCACAAAUGUUGCAGAAAAGUGUCUUUGGAUUCUUAUGUCAAGUGAGGAAUCUCAACUGUCAUUCGGCUAGUAUUACCAGACCCCAUAGAUUAACAUACAAGCGGGGGUACCCUACGGUUCUCGUUUAUCCAGAUGGGUCAAGCAUUAAAAUUAGUUACCAUGAACCUAGACAAAUAAUAAAGUUGCCUUUAAACAUUUGGACUUUGAGUGAAGCCGAACGUAAAGCAAAACUCGAAUCCCGUAAACCAAAGAAAAAGGUAAAAUUUGUCGACGAUUUCGAAGACACGUAUGAUGCGAACAAAUACUUAAAAUAUCUGAAGAAGAAGUGAUUAGAUAACAUUAUGUAGCGAUUGUUUUAAUAAAUCAAAUUACAUUAUUCA